AUAAAUUAUUUAUGCUUCAGAACAAUUUUUUUAUCCCUUAAGUUAGUGACCUUUGGGAUUAGUUAUGCUCACUUUCGUAUGGUUUGAGUUAGACUGGGGAUAUUAGGGUCGGUCCAACAAUAUUAGCAAACAGUGAACGUUUUGGGUAUGCAUUGGAGGUGUUCGGUUCUGGACUGAAAGAACAAUCUAAGGUUCUGGAGCUGGAAAAGACACGUUAACACCACAACAUUUUAAGCACAGGUCAAGUUGAAAAUUCUCACAUCUUUUGUAUUGAUGCAGAAUAUAUAUGCCUAUCUUUGACUGGUUCUUGGCCUAAACAAAGCUAUACUAAUGGAACAUGAAAAUGACAAUUCUAUAAGUAUUAAAUUGUCAGCGUUGCUAUGUGAGGCCAAAUGUUGAUUGGGUAGAAAAGCUGCACUUCUUUCUUUCUUUCUUUUUUUGUCAAUAAAAAGUUUAGACUUUUGCGUGAUAAUUACAUAAGUAUUGUAAUUUGUUUUGUAUUACUAAGUUUUCUAGAACAUCAGUGCAUUCUGGUCAACAUUGUGUAUAGGUGCGUGAGAAUAGUCUAAUAAGCCACUUCUUAACAUGUUUCUUCCUUCUAAUUGAUUGGAAAAAUAGUUCUUGUAAAUACAAAUACAAAUGGGAAAAAAGAGGAUCAUGUUCUUUGCUUGUUUGCUCUUGUUUACCAUCUUUUUAAGUUUUAGCUAUGCAGGGAUAACCAAAGAAAAUCCUUUGUCAAUAGGACAAACUCUUAGCUCCUCUAAUGGAGUUUAUGAGUUGGGGUUCGUCAGUCCUGAUAACUCUCAGAAUCAGUAUCUCGGAAUCUGGUUCAAGGGCAUUAUUCCCCAGGUUGUUGUGUGGGUGGCAAAUAGAGAAAAGCCUGUAACAGACUCUACCGCAAAGCUCUCUGUCAGCAGCAAUGGAACUCUUCUGUUACUUACUGGCAAAGAUGGCGUUGUUUGGUCCACGGGAGAAGUUUCUGCAACUACCGGGUCUCGUGCAGAGCUUACUGACAACGGAAAUCUAGUUGUCAUCGACGAUGUUUCUGGAAGACCUCUAUGGGAAAGCUUUCAGCAUCUUGGUGAUACAAUGCUGCCUUUCUCAACCUUGAUGUAUAAUCUCACCACAGGUGAGAAACGGGAGUUGACUUCUUGGAAAAGUGAGAACGAUCCGUCGCCUGGCGAAUUUGUGGUUCAGGUUACUUCGCAAGUACCAGCACAGGUGUUUAUUAUGAAAGGCUCAAAACCAUAUUGGAGAAGCGGUCCAUGGGCUAAAACAAGAUUCACGGGGAUCCCGCUAAUGGAUAAUUCAUAUACAAGUCCAUUCAGCCUUCAGCAGGAUGCAAAUGGGUCUGUAUCCUUCACAUAUUUAGAAACCAAAUCCAAAAUUUCACGAAUAAUGAUAACACCAGAGGGCAUACUGAAGAUUUAUCAGCAGAGUGAUAAUGAUUGGGAAUUAGAUUUUGAGGCUCCAGACGAUCCAUGUGAACGGUACGGUUUCUGUGGACCUUUUGGUUUCUGUGUUGUGUCAGUACCUCCAAAGUGUAAAUGCUUCAAAGGAUUUGUACCAAAAUCCACCGAGGAGUGGAAAAGAGGAAACUGGACUAAUGGUUGUAAGAGACGUACCGAACUACAUUGCCAAGGAAACUCUACUGGAAAAGAUGCAAACGGUUUCAGUCCUGUUCCUAACAUACAGAUUCCAGACUUUUAUGAAUUUGCAAAUUUUUUGGACGCUGGAGAAUGUCAGAAAAGUUGCCUCCACAAUUGUUCUUGCUUGGCUUUUGCGUAUAUCAAUGGAAUAGGGUGCUUAAUGUGGAAUCAAGACCUAAUAGACACUGUGCAAUUAUCUCCAGGAGGGGAAAUUCUUUCCAUUCGUCUUGCACGUUCUGAACUAGAGGGAAAUGAGCGUAACAAGAUCAUUACUGCUAGUAUUGUGAGCCUUUCUCUUUUUCUCGUAAUGGCUUCUGCUGCGUUUGGUUUCUGGAGAUACAGAGUGAAACAUAAUGCUUAUAUAUCAAAGGUUCUUGUUUCACAAGAUGCAUGGAGUAAUGAUUUGAAAGCACAAGAUGUCCCUGGUUUGAAUUUCUUUGAGAUAAAUACCAUUCACACUGCCACAAAUCAUUUCAGUCUCACAAAUAAACUCGGACAAGGUGGAUUUGGCCCAGUAUAUAAGGGAAUGCUGCAAGAUGGGAAAGAAAUUGCUGUAAAACGGCUUUCUAGCAGCUCGGGUCAGGGCAAAGAGGAGUUCAUGAAUGAAGUAGUACUUAUCUCAAAACUUCAACAUAAAAACUUAGUUCGGAUUUUGGGAUGUUGCAUUGAAGGAGAAGAAAACCUAUUGAUUUAUGAGUUCAUGAUGAACAAAAGCCUUGAUACUUUUCUCUUCGAUUCAAGAAAAAAACUUGAGAUAGACUGGCCAAAGAGAUUUGAUAUCAUUCAAGGUAUUGCGCGUGGAAUUCACUAUCUCCAUCGUGACUCACACCUCAAGGUAAUUCACCGAGAUCUGAAGGUUAGCAAUAUUCUUCUGGACGAGAAGAUGAACCCAAAAAUAUCAGAUUUUGGAUUGGCUCGGAUGUAUCAGGGAACAGAAUAUCAGGAAAACACUCGCAGAGUUGUAGGAACUCUAGGAUAUAUGGCUCCAGAGUAUGCAUGGACAGGGAUGUUCUCUGAGAAGUCUGACAUCUACAGCUUCGGAGUUCUUCUGGUAGAAAUCAUCACCGGAGAGAAGAUCUCAAGAUUCUGCUAUGGAGAAGAAGGAAAAAACCUUCUUGCAUAUGCGUGGGAAUCUUGGUGUGGAACUGGAGGAGUUGAUCUUCUGGAUAAAGACGUUGCUGAUUCAUGUCGCCCGUUAGAAGUUGAAAGAUGUGUUUGGAUAGGUUUGCUCUGUGUCCAACACCAACCUGCAGACAGACCCAACACACUUGAGUUGUUGUCUAUGCUCACUACAACAUCAGAUCUUCCACCACCAAAACAACCCACAUUUGUAGUGAACAAUAGAGAUGACGAAUCACCAUCAAGGAGGUUGAUCACUGUCAAUGAGAUAACACAGUCUCUGAUCCUUGGGCGUUGAGAAUGGAUGUGUAAUGACAAUUGUUGAAUUGAUUUUUUGUUUUAGAGUAAGACUUGGCCAUAGUUAUGAAUGUUAGAAAGCUGAGUUUUAAUGAAGAGAUGGUUUUAUUGUUUGGACAAAAGUCUUUUUUCUUGCUUACUAGCUGUCAUGUUGUAUAUAACAACAAUCAAACUGAUCCCUGAACGAGGUGAUAGGUUCUCAAAGCU